AUGUCACAUCACCCAAUUACUCCGAGACAUGCUGCAUCUCGUAUUGAAAAAAUUUAUGCAGCCCUCGUCACAGUCUCACUGCGCCGUCAACCCGCACCCCCAUGUUUUCUUCCCCUUCAGGGCGCAAAAAACCACCAACCCAGCCGCAUGAACGUCUCUGACCUCACAAAACAACGGACAAGGAUGCCCAAAAUUGAUCCAUGCCAUGCCCGUUCCAGGCCAUGUGUCAAGCCCUCUCCCACCGGCGGUUCGUUACCAGGGUGCCUGUCCCCUGGUUCCCAAUUCAGCCUUCAAACCUCAUGA